UUCGUAGUCGUACUCAAAAUCGUACUGUUUCUGUGAAAAAUGGAUUGAAAUUAUGGACAGGAAAGUGAAUAUUCCAAAUUACCCGAACGUCUGUCGGGUAUGCUUUGUGGAAACCAUCGAAAAUGAAUCAAUACCGGCCAAGGCCCAAAUGCUGGAUGGUGUCAACAGUUUUUGGUCUGCUCUUUCCGACCUAUGCUCUUUGGACCGUCCAGGAGUGGUACGACAGCAUUCCAACGAAGAUCAUCUCCCUCAGCAGAUGUGUCGCAGCUGUGCUAAGCAAAUCGAGACGUUCCAAACAUUUCGCUUCGAAACGAUUGCAAAUCAACAAUUUCUGAAAGCAUGGACCGCAUACAGAUUCGGAGCAGACACUGUCCCAAUGACGGAGCUGUUGUGUGAUCAAACAAAGUUUCAUCCCACAAUCCGCAAAACUUUGCAUCGCCUCAAGGUCAUUGAUAGUGAAGACGCACCGUUGGAAGAUUUGAUCACAGACUCUAGACUUGAUCCAGAAUUCAUCGUAAAGGUAGAAGUGAAAGUUGAGCUGGAAGACGUCGAAGAUCCAUUGCUGGGUUUCCGCUGUAAUAGGGAUGCAGACGAGGAUAUAAGUGUGAACGAAUUUGAUUAUGAGGAGCGAGAUGACGACAAUGUGGAACAACUUCCCGAUGAUCUACUGCUGGAACAAGAUAAAAGUUUGGAAGACGUGCUUUCCAAGAGGCGAAAGCGAAGUUUCGACAGAGUAAAAAUUGUCGAUGGAGUUCGAACCCGACCGUGCUAUCUGGACAAUUGCGAGCCGGUGCCAGUGGGACAAGCGGAUAAACACACACGGGAGAAGCACCGUGCCUACUGUAGGUUUUGCGGCUUGGUGUUUUUGACCCACGCGCAAGCUGUGCAUCACCUGGCGAUCCACAAAAACGAUGAAGAUAGGUAUCGGUGUGAGGUGUGUGAGAAACCGUUUUGGCGCGAAUUUGACCUUAAGUUUCAUAGGCGGGAAUUCCACGGUAUCGACGUCCCAACGCACGAGUGCCCGUUCUGUGGGGAACGUUUCGGAAAAAAAGUAGAUCUUCUUGAGCACCGUGAAACGCACACCAACUGCAAAUUUUGCACCAGACAAUUCAAAACCUAUCGGACCAUGCUGGAACACAUGAGGAAAGACCACCGCGAGGAACUUAUUCCGUGCAAUAUCUGUAAGACAGUGUUUCUUGGCUCCAAAGAGCUUGAAAUGCACGCCAGAAGACAUCGCGAUGGAAGGAUGGAAAACAGCAUUCAAUUCCCUCUGAGAAAUUGGACCGCAGCGCAAUGUCACACCUGCGAGAGAGAUUUUUAUAACCACGAAUAUCGGGCAAGUCACAUAGAGAAUGACCAUAAUAAAGGCCUCUCAGAAAAGCCAAUCAGAAAUACGAACUUCAAAAAGCGAACCCAAGAGGAGUUGGACCGAUUGGAGUACAAGUUCAAAUGCGACGAUUGCCCCGCUCGGUUUCGACUGAAGACAUCUCUCAAGGGUCACUGGAGGAAGAACCACAGCGGACAGAAGUUUAUCUGCGAGCACUGUGGGGCGUGUUUCAAGGCGAAACCCGAGAUGAAAAUGCACGUUCGGUAUAUGCACACCAAGGACACACCGUUUGGAUGCGAGUUUUGCGAUAAGCGCUGUAUCACCAAAAACGAUCUGAAGAUCCACAGGAGAAGCCACACCAACGAAAAACCGUACAAAUGUUCGUACGAAGGAUGCGAUAAGGCAUACAAAACACAAUCGGCAGUGACGAAACACUUCCGCGUGCAUACAGGCGAGAAGCCGUACAAAUGUGCAUACGAGGGCUGCGACAAGUCGUAUGCGUGUAGCCAACUACUGAAGAUCCACAUCCGGAACCACACGCUGGAGAAACCGUUCAAAUGUUGGUACUGUGAGUUGUAUUUCAAUUCGACCAACAACCGACGAAAGCACUGUCGGCGGCACCACGUCGGAAUGCCGAUAGGAAGGGAACUGGAGAAGCUAAAUCAGCAGCAGAAUGCGACGGGAAGCAGCGGUAAUAAAGAGCCGAUGGAAGUUGCAAUGACUUCGGUGGACGGGGGGCGGGUUGUUGAGGCGGUUAAAGUUGAGACGAAAGAUUGACGGUUGGAGAACAAAUUUGAAGGGAUGGUAGUAAAUGGAA